AUGCUCGGUGGAAAAGGCGUGAUUGGUGGAGGCAAAGAGAAACAUGGGCUUGGAGGGAAGGGACUAGGGAAAGGUGGGAUGAAGAGGCACAGGAAGGUGGUCAGGGACUCGAUCCGUGGCAUAACGAAAGGGGACAUUCGUCGUCUAGCACGGAGAGGAGGCAUCAAGCGGAUUUCAGGGACUGUAUACGACGAGACACGCCAAGCAAUGGUGGAUCGCUUGAAGACUAUCCUACAAGAAUGCGUGAUCUAUCUGGAUCAUUCCAAGCGCCAGACUGUGACUGUGAGAGAUGUGAUAUUCGCUCUCAAGAGGCAAGGCCGCCCUAUCUACGGCUUCGAUCCGAAGUAUUAG